UGGCAAGCUGAAAGAUGUGCUCGGUGUACAACCUCCUUGGUCUAAAGAUGUCGAGCUGUAUCGUCAGCGGUGAGUCAUUUCGGGUCAUGGCUGAGAAGGAACAUGAGCACGGAGCUUCAUGGGGGUGAACUGGUCUUUACUGACACAGCGACGUCUUCUCAGCGUGCGGGAGUGCUUUCUUUCGUUGUUCUUCGGACACCCCCUAAGCACCUAUUCACAAUCUCUCGAACCAAUGUGGCAGCAGACAUCCUACCUGCUCAUCUCAUCCUAUCGAUCAAUGACUGCUCGACUCGAGGCAGACCUACCACCGACCAUGUCAGGAGGAGGUGGUGGUGGUGGUGGUGGUGGUGGAGGAGGAACAGGCGGUACCGGCGCCGGUAGUCGUAAACGUCAAGGAGGAGGACAGCAUAGUCAUUCGUCCCAGCUCGUUGAAUUGAAAAAAGUCUUGACGCGAUUCAGACAAUGCCUAGUCUCUGAAGAAUCUUUCUAUCGAUCUCUGAUUUCCCGCCUUGUCAAUUUCUAUCAACUGCAACCUCUCGCCAGAGAGUACCUCAAGAUCGUGACGAUACCCAUGAGCGAAGAGGUGGAGGAUGGAGGUCAAGAUCAAGGAUUGGCUCCGGAUAUGGGACCAGAGGAGAAGAGGGAAAAGCUAGCGCUGGUUUAUAAAGCUUUGAUCUGUUUAGGAGAUCUGGAACGGUAUCGAGAGCAGUACGAAGAUAAAACGAGGAGGGAAGUGAGAGAAGGACGGGUGCAAUUGAGCAAACUCCAAGAGAGGUAUAGCAAAGCGUGGACCUAUUAUGAAGUUGCGAGAGCUUUAGCGCCUGAGGAUGGGUCCGCAUUCAAUCAACUUGCCGUCAUCUCUUCAUACCUUUCUGACGGAUUUCUCUGCACGUAUUUCUAUCUCAGAGCUCUGGCUGUCAAGCAUGCCUUCAAGAACAUUCACGAGAUCAUGGAGAAAUUUUUUCGCAAGACAUAUGAACGAGGAGCAGCCGAAGAGCUUGAAAGGCGCAAAAACCCUGAAGCAGAGGACCAAGCUGCUACAAAGACAUCGGUCGAGGGCUUCCGAUCGGAUCUGUUACUGGUCACGGCGAUUCUGUAUCGUCGUGUCGGGCUCUCUGCCUUGACAAAGAUUCAGUCUCGUACGCUCUCGACUCUGCCUGAACUACUCCGCGAGCUUCAGCUACCCUCGGAAGCUAUUGUAAAAGUUGUUGUCAUCACCAUUGGGGUCCACUGGCACGCCCGACAGAGCGCUUCGAUGGGCGCCAAUGAAUCCGCCGAGCUACGUCAGAGACGUCAAAUCACUGAAAUGCUCGCUUUGACGUUCCUGCUCGAGCUCGCUUCGACCAUGUUCUCGGUGGCUGCGGCAGAGGUCGACGAGGCGCUUUCCAGUCGAGCGAAAGAGAGUGCACUUGCGGAUUCGCGGGAUGAGGCUGAACUUCAUCAAUUCAUCUCUGCCCCUCUCCGAAGGAUGCUCCCGUCGUUCCGGAUCAUCUCGAAGUGGCUUAAAUUGCACCUUGACUAUGUCAACAGGUAUCAAUCAUCGGCCAACACACCUUCGCCCGUUCAUAGAGCCAUUGGCCAUUUCUGGGAAUCAUACAAGCGGAUGAUGUUGAAUAUAGCAACUUUUUUCCCUAUCGAUCACUUGCCAAGCCUCCUUGACCCACUAGAGGAGGACGUGGACAUGCGAGGCUUUAUCCCUCUCGCCAGGGGUAUGGCUAGCAAGGCGCUUGGACCAUCAGGAGCAUCACUCGAUGAUGAUCAAGCACAUCCCGUUCACCCGAACGAAGAGCAAUUGAUGCGUAUUGCAGAUCUUCAGGUCGACGCAAAGCUCAUCGCUCAGACUUCUUCUGGCACCGCAAUGAUGCGUGCUUCUGCCGCCUCUAUGCGGGACACAGAUCUCGCUUCUGUCACUACCGAGACGGAGGAUGAUCCUGUGAAUAUGGCCAUGCGGGCAACUCUGGGUCAGUCAGGCGCCAGCGGUUUAUCCGAGUUCUCCGACGACGAAGAAGAGGUCAUCCUUUGGGGAGGAAGAUCGCAAAAUGUUCGGUCCGCUGGUGCUCAAUCAUCUGUUCAGCCGCAGGCUCCAGGUCGGCCUACAGCCCAUGAUCUGCUGCAGAAUCUCAUGCUGGACUCGACUUCCUCAGCCGACAUUCCUCCGGCAGGAGUGACUCGAGGUUCCGUACCACCACCUGUCCGUACAGGGAGUCACUCGUAUGCUCCCCCUCCGACCGCCUCUGGUCAAGGCUCACCUGGACUAUUGUUUGGUGGCGAUACAACGACCAGCAGUAUCUGGUCCAUGGGCAGACAACCCUCUGACAUGGGUACUUUACGAUCCACGUCGGGAUCGGGCCAACCACGCAUUGAUCUAUCGAGUAUUUGGGCCAAGGAUUCGGGCCAUCCUCGACCUGUAGGAGAUCCUGCCUGGGGAGGUCCAGGACACGUCGUCGGGUUGUCUCAGCUCCCUGGUACCGUUGCUGGUGGAGCACAGCAGUAUCCCGGUUCGAUCGGUCAACAUCGACCUGCUUCGGAUCCGCCAGCACCCGCACCAGGUGGAUUUGGAGCGAUAGGCUCCGGACAGCCACAGCCCUGGAAAGGUCCUGUCACCAAUCAUUCUUCCGCCUCGCCCCGGGGAAGUCUCGUUGCUGGUCAUCCGACCCAGAAUGAACCCUGGAAGUACGACAGUAGUUGGCCGUAUACUGGCGGCGUUUCACAAGGUCCAAUCAAGAGCGAUCCAGCGAUCGGGGCAACUGUUCGUGCUGGAAAUCAGGGGCAACAGCAGUGGAAUUCUGGCUCUCAAUUCCCUCGAUGAUUGAUAAGUCGUUAUGGAGUAACGGAGCAUUUCCUGCACCAUGCCCAUCCGGCAAGCUUUCUGACGGCUUGUGAGGGCUGCGCCAGCGAUGUCGACUCUUGGUGAAACCGAAGUCCUCUCGCACGACCUGACAUCUCGAUCAGCUUUGAUCAAAGGUCUCACGCAGUCUU